GAUCAAGAUGAUCGAGGGCGGUUUUGUUUAAUCACGGGUAUUUGGUGAUUCUCGCUUGGAGCGGCUAGGAGUAUGUGUGCUCAGGCUGUUGUGGUUAGCGUUGCACUAGCGUUUUGUUAGUGUUGGUUGUGUUCGUUGACUGUGAUUAGGUAUUUUAAGCGGGACAUCGAAAACGAAAGAUAUACUGAUUGCUAUUGCAUGAGUUGUGGCUGCUGAUGCUACAUGCCAUCCGACUGCCCUGUGGUCAGUUUUGUAUUUGUGAAACCCAUCCCCAUGUCCAGACUGUCUGGUAUAGUUGCAGGUAGCUAUCUGAGCAGUUUCCUGCAGAAUACAAUUAAGACAAACCAAGUGGAAAUCAACACAGACAAUAGAACACUGAGACCAAUAGCAAAAUUAAAGGAACCAAGAGAUCUGUUUGCCUUGCCCAAAGAAUUGGAUUGUCCCCAGCAAGCAGCUCGGUGGCCUGCAGAGUGCCAGGUCCUAGAAGAACGGGUGAAGCAUGUAGACACCACAUUAUCAACACCAGAAGAGUAUUAUCAACCUACUGGUCGUGAAGUACAACCGAAGCCAGUGGGAGAAGAGGCAGGUCAAGUUGUAUUUCAGUACUACCCUGUCAGUGCUGUCAACUAUUUUAGCCGCUCAAGUGUUGGAGGCAGUAAAUACUUCCUGGAUUCAUGCCCAUGUGGUGAUAAAGUAGAUGGUCUGCGGUUUGAAUCCCGCUUUGAAUCUGGGAAUCUUGCCAAGGUUGUGAAGAUAACAGACAACUAUUACGAACUGUAUCUUCGCACAGACAUGUAUACCAAUAGACACAUGCAGUGGUAUUACUUCCGAGUUGAAAAUACAAAAAGGCAUGUGCUUUAUAGAUUUUCUUUUGUGAACAUGUGCAAAGCAGAGAGUUUGUAUAGCGUUGGCAUGAGACCAUUGCUUUACUCAUCUAAAGAUGUUCAGUUGAAUGGCAUUGGUUGGAGAAGAUGUGGAGGCAAUAUUGCAUACUAUAGGAACGAUGCAUUGCCUGGUGAAGAGGACCAGCUUCCUAGUUACACUUUAACUUUCAAUAUUGAAUUUCCCCAUGACAAUGAUCAAGUGUACCUGGCACACUGCUACCCGUACACAUACACUGAUCUGCAGGAUUACCUCGGUCAGCUUCAGAACCAUCCAGUGAAGUCAACUUACAGUAAGCUUCGCCUCCUUUGUCGCUCACUGGCAGGGAACAAUGUAUACUACCUGACAGUGACAGCACCGUCACUUCAAGAUGAAGCCAAGAAGAAGAAGGCAAUAGUUGUCACAGCCCGUGUCCACCCUGGUGAGACUCCUGCUUCAUGGAUGAUGAAAGGUUUCAUGGAUUUCCUUACAGGAGAUAGCUUACAGGCAAGAGAGCUGCGGGACAAGUUCAUCUUCAAGCUGGUGCCAAUGUUGAACCCUGACGGAGUGAUAGUUGGCAAUAACCGCUGUUCUCUGACAGGACGUGAUUUGAACAGACAAUACCGCACUGUCAUCAGGGAAACUUACCCGCCUGUGUGGCACACAAAGCUGAUGAUCCGCAGGUUAAUGGAAGAAUGUGGAAUUGAGAUGUACUGUGACCUGCAUGCCCAUUCACGCAAACACAAUAUCUUUAUUUAUGGGUGUGAAACUCGGCGAUCUCUAGAUCGCCGCCUUCAAGAACAGGUGUUCCCGCUGAUGUUGCACAAGAAUGCUGCUGACAAGUUCUCAUUUGAGAACUGUAAAUUUAGAAUACAACGCUGUAAAGAAGGUACAGGUCGAGUGGUUGUGUGGAUGAUGGGUGUUGCAAACAGUUACACAAUGGAAGCAUCAUUUGGAGGGUCAGAUGUUGGAGGACGUGCUGGCACACACUUUACUAUACAGGACUAUGAGCAGAUGGGACGCCAUUUCUGUGAGACACUCCUUGAUUUCUGUGAUGAAGAUCCAAGCAAGGAGAGACUUCGUUGUAAGAUUAUUAACAGACUGGUUCAAGAAGGGUCCAGUGCUGAUGAACCGACAAAUAUCAACCUCUCAGACUAUUCCAGUGAUGUGGGUGACACAAGCAGUUCAUCUGAAGAGGAAGGGGCUGGCAUGGGGAGUGUACCAGGAACAGAAGAAUGCUGUUUACCAUUGCAUGUACCACCUUCUUCCCCUAUUUCGCCUAGAAGAGAGCAUCAGAAAACUGGCAUACCACCAGGGAACAUGCCAGAACGUGCAUCAGUUGCUCCAGCAGCUCUGGAUUGGAGUCCCUCACCUCAGCGAACUCGACCCACUCUUAUGGUACAUAGAGCUACUAUUGACUUGGGAACAGAUCCUGGCAGUGACCUUGAUGAUCUGGCUACAGAUUCUGGAGAUGGCAGUUCAUCGUGGCGUCAUCGUAGUAGAAGUCGUACAAAAGCUGAUGUUUCUCCUGGAAGGGUGUCAACAGAUAAGUGCAUUGUUUGUGGUGAUAUGCCUCCGGAACUGAUUGUGACCUCGGCACAAGUUCAAGUAAUGAAUAUGGAUGCGAGUGAGGAUAUGCCAGAGAAGCAAGCUGAAGUUGCUGUCACCAGGGAGCCUCAGUAUCAACAGACAGAGAACAUUCGACGACAUAAAUCAACCCAAAUGUCUUUUGGUAUGAACCAAACACGUAAGCUGACCAGUACACGACCAGUGACUGAGGUAACUCAAACUAAGCAAAGAUCGCUCCUGCAAACAAAACUGUGGACAGGCAUUCCUUGCACCUGCCAUGAGCCAAAUGCUCCAACACACUGGAGCGGCCGGGGAGCCGAGGGAUCACUUCUGCAGGCCUGCUCACAGAAACUUUCCAAUCUUCAAAAACAAAAAUGUGACCCAGUGGAUAGAAGCAGAAAACCUAACAAGAAACAAGGAGGAGCCCGCAGACUGCAUAGAGCUUCAGUUUCAGAAACCUCUGCAGGGGAGGACACCAAGAAAAAUGAAGUUAUGGAAAGAGUUAGGAAAAGUGGCAGGAAACAUGACACUCAACAUAAUGGCAUUAGACGAGCACCUAAAGACUCCAGUAAUGACACAUCUCCAGGGGAAGAAGUGGAGACUAAUCUUGCUGAAAUGAAGGAACUGUUGCAGCAGAAAUGCAGACUUCAGAAAUGGAAAACUGUAGCACAUUCAGGUGGCUCAAAAUGUGUCCGUGAAACAGUUAGUAAGUCUGAAUCUUUGCAUCACCAACGGAAAGCACAUCAGCCAGAACCCUCUUCUCAUUCUCGUCAGGACAAGGUUCGCAGGAAACCGAGUCUCAAGUGGAAAUUCUGUCAUGCAGUUGUGUCUAUGGUGGCAGCCAGUGACACUGAUACCAGGAAGACAGUUGGUAGUCCGAUAGGCUCAGCUUCGGUAUCAGAUGUUGAAGACAGUAAGCCAGAAGUAUCAGCAGAAAGAACAAGCAGUGCUAACAGCAAGAAGAAAAAGAAGCGCAAGUCAGCAGUUGGACAAAAGAAAUCACGGCGCAUCUCAUCUGCCUCAGCUGUGCCAUCAAAUUCAGGUAAACAAACCAGUAGUAAAAAGCUGUUAUGAGGCUAACAGUAAUAAUGCUCAGAAAUAAGUUGUGUUCAGAUGUCGUUUGGGAAGGGAUUGAUAAACUAUUUAUUGAAACAUGUGGGUUAUUGUAGACAAAAGCAGUAAACUGUAGUUUGAUGAAUUAUAUUUGUCAGUGCUGGUAUUUCUUCUUUCAAGGAAUAAAUCUCCCUGAUUGGCUGCAUCCAUAGGUAACUUAACCUUGAAAGUGGAAACUUUUUCUCACUGUAUGUACUUAGCAGACAACACACUUUCUCAUUACAUAAUCAUGAUUUUUUAAGGCCACAAGACCAGAACUUUUUUCUCUGCGUGUGACUAAAAUGUUUCUUUACACAUCAGAAAGUGUCGGAGAUAUAGUUGUAAUUGAAUUUUCCCACAUCAAAAGGAUGAUUUUGCUUGCAUUCAUUCAUUCUUUCUUUCGUGCCUCAUAAAA